AUGAUCGGGCAUACUAUUGCUGUUCAUAAUGGAAAAGAACAUUUGCCCAUUUAUAUAACAGAUCAUUUAAUAUUCAUAAGGUCAGUAUAUGUAUACAUUAUAUGUAUAGUAAUACUAGCGGGGAUUGUGGGACAAAAAAUAAAUCCACUUGGUUUCAGACUUGGUGCAACCCAAGGUCAUCGUUCUCUUUGGUUUGCACAACCAAAAAAUUAUUCUAAGGAUCUACAAGAAGAUCAAAAAAUACGAAAUUGUAUCAAGAAUUAUGUACAAAAAAAUAUGAAAAUAUCUUCUAGUGUCGAGGGGAUUGCAUGGAUAGAGAUUCAAAAAACUCGACUUGAUUCAAGUCAUAAUCUAUAUGGGAUUCCCAAAAUUAUUAAUAGCCCCCAAAAAAUGGAAGAAUUACAGAUGAAUGUAAAAAAAGAACUACAUUCGAUGAACCGGAAACUUAACAUUGCUAUUACAAGAAUAGCAAAUCCUUAUGGACACCCUAAUAUUCUAGCAGAAUUUAUAGCCGGACAAUUAAAAAAUAGAGUUUCAUUUCGCAAAGCAAUGAAAAAGGCUAUUGAAUUAACUGAACAAGCAGGUACAAAAGGAAUUCAAAUACAAAUUGCAGGGCGUAUCGACGGAAAAGAAAUUGCACGUGUCGAAUGGAUCCGAGAAGGUAGGGUACCCCUACAAACCAUUCGAGCUAAAAUUGAUUACUGUUCCUAUACAGUUGGAACUAUCUAUGGGGUAUUAGGUAUCAAAAUUUGGAUAUUUGUCGAUGAGGACUAAUAAUCCUUUACUUGACUUAUCUUUAGAUCGAUCAGGUAAUAUACCAAAAAAACAAAAAAGAAAAAACACUUUUUUCUAUUAAAUCAAAACAAAAAUAAAUAAUUCUAUAAGGUUGAAUAAAAAUUCUAUUAAUCAGUUGAUUUAAUAUAAUUGCUAUGCUUAGUGUGUGACUCGUUGGUUUUUUUAGGGUUAGAUUUAAAAACAAAAAUAGACCAGCCCAUAAGUAUGAAUUAAUAACCAACUCAUCGUUUCGCAUUAUCUGGAUAUAAAGAACCAGUCGAGAUAUGAUAUAUUAGUCAUAUCAUUGUAGCAACUGAAAUCUGUUUUGUAUAAAAAAAGAAAAACAAGAUUGAUUAGGAGUUGUGAAACAAUAAAAGUUAAAGUGUGUGGAUAAAUGAAAAGAUGAGAGAAAGAGAGAAAAAACUACCAAUGAUAUAGAAUUCCAAUAUGUAAGGUCUAUGAUUCAUUUUCAUAAAGGAAAAUGUAAUAAAGCAUUAAUACUGAAUUGAUCCCUAAUUAAACAAAAUUGUUUUAUUAAGAACAAAUAAGAACAAAAAAAUCACGAGCCCUGAGUCAAUAAAAACUGAGAAGAUUGACUCAAGAUCAAAUUUCAUUUAAGAGCUCCGUUGUAGAAUUCAGACCUAACCAUUAAUCGCGAAACGGUGGGAACGACAGAACCCGUGAGUGCAUAAGAUUCUAUUGAAAACGAAUCCUAAUGAUUCAUUGGGUAGGAUGGCGGAACGAACCAGGAACCAAUUCAUUUAUUCUGAAAAGUCAUGGCAUAAACUAAUCUUAUAAAAUUGAAUUAAAAGAGUAAAUAUUCGCCCGCGAAAUUUUUUAUUUUUAAGAAAACAAAAUUUUCUAUAAAUAGAAAUCAAAUACAUGUUUACUUCUAUAUCAAAUAAAGAUAUCCAAAUUGAUAAUAGCUUAUCAAAAUCAAAGACUCUCAGGCUUCAAUAUAUUUAAUCAAUAUAUUAUUGAUUAAAUAUAUGUAUAUUAUUUUAUAAUCAUUUCCUUCGCGAGGAGCUGGAUGAGAAGAAACUCUCAUGUCCGGUUCUGUAGUAGAGAUGGAAUUAAUAAAAAACCCUCAACUAUAACCCCAAAAGAACCCGAUUCCGUAAACACCAUAGAGGAAGAAUGAAAGGAAUAUCUUAUCGAGGUAAUCGUAUUUGCUUCGGUAGAUAUGCUCUUCAAGCACUUGAACCCGCUUGGAUCACAUCUAGACAAAUAGAAGCAGGGCGACGAGCAAUGACACGAAACGCCCGCCGCGGCGGAAAAAUAUGGGUACGUAUAUUUCCAGACAAACCAGUUACAGUAAGACCUACAGAAACACGUAUGGGUUCGGGAAAAGGAUCUCCCGAAUAUUGGGUAGCUGUCGUUAAACCGGGUAGAAUCCUUUAUGAAAUGAGUGGGGUAGCCGAAAAUAUAGCCAGAAAGGCUAUUUCAAUAGCGGCUUCCAAAAUGCCUAUACGAACUCAAUUCAUUAUUUCAGGAUAGAGAUGUAGAACCAAAAGAAAAAGGUUUUUGGAUGAAAAAAAACAAUUGCAGGUUUCUUUUUUUGUUUUGAAUAAACAACAUUUUUUUUUUACUUCGCCCUUUGCAUUGAAAAAACAGAUCAAAAAUGAUAUGAUUCAACCUCAAACCCAAUUGAAUGUAGCGGAUAACAGCGGAGCCAGAAAAUUGAUGUGUAUUCGAAUCAUAGGAGCUAGUAAUCGACGAUAUGCUCAUAUUGGUGACGUUAUUGUUGCUGUAAUCAAAGAAGCAAUACCAAAUACACCGCUGGAAAGAUCCGAAGUAAUCAGAGCUGUAAUUGUACGUACUUGUAAAGAACUCAAACGCGACAACGGUAUGAUAAUACGAUAUGAUGACAAUGCUGCGGUUGUUAUUGAUCAAGAAGGAAAUCCAAAAGGAACUCGAAUUUUUGGCGCAAUUGCCCGGGAAUUAAGACAAUUAAAUUUCACUAAAAUAGUUUCGUUAGCACCUGAAGUAUUAUAAGAUGAGACCCUAAAGACAGUUUUUAUUUUAUAGUAUUUGAAUGAAAUUAAUUUAGUAGAUUUAGUAGAUUGUUUGUGUCUCAUGUAUAUGCCUUUAAUUUUCUAAUUAAGAAAAAAAAAAAAAAGAGCAUGUUGAUUAUAUCCAAAUUUGGGGACAACCAAAAUCUUCAUUUAUUAUGAGUAAAGACACUAUUGCUAAUAUACUAACCUCUAUACGAAAUGCUGACAUGAAUAAAAAAAGAACAGUUCGAAUACCAUAUACUAAUAUCACUGAAAAUAUUGUUAAAAUCCUUUUACGAGAAGGUUUUAUUGAAAACAUGAGGAAACAUCAGGAGAACAACAAAUACUUUUUGGUUUUAACCCUACGACAUAGAAGGAAUAGGAAAGGGCCAUCUAGAACUGUUUUAAAUUUAAAACGUAUCAGUCGACCUGGUCUACGAAUCUAUUCUAACUAUCAAGGAAUCCCUAGAAUUUUAGGCGGGAUGGGGAUUGUAAUUGUUUCUACUUCGCGGGGUAUAAUGACGGGCAGAGAGGCUCGACUAGAAGGAAUCGGCGGAGAAAUUUUGUGCUAUAUAUGGUAAUCUUUCUUUUCUGAUAUCCAAAUUAUAUACAGAACUUUCCUAUUUCAUAUUUGUGAAAAAAAAAAGAAAUAGAGAAAGGGUGGUUUUCAAAUAUUACGCUUCCCACAUUAGUUAAUCCCUCAAGUGAAAGAACAAAAAAGGUUCAUGAAGGUUUAAUUUCUGAACCACUUCCCAUGGUAUACUUUAGGUUCAUUUAAAUAAUGAAAAUCAGAGCCUCCGUUCGUAAAAUUUGUGAAAAAUGUCGACUGAUCCGUAGGCGAGGACGAAUUAUAGUAAUUUGUUCCAACCCAAGACAUAAACAAAGACAAGGAUAAUUUUUAGAAAAAAGAGGAGAGGGGAUUCUAGAAAUCGAAAGGCCCUACUGUUCAAAUAAUAGAAAUAAAUAAUAAAUUAAAGGCUCUGUUUUGACAUGAAACGGAUAUAUCUCUAUAUCUCUGACUUAGCUUAGAUUUAUGAGAUGAUAUAAUUAUGGCAAAAGCUAUACCAAGAAGUGGUUCACGUAAGAAUAGACAUACGGGUUCACGUAAAAAUGCACGUAGAAUACCAAAGGGAGUUAUUCAUGUUCAAGCAAGUUUCAACAAUACUAUUGUAACUGUUACCGAUGUACGGGGGCGGGUAAUUUCUUGGUCCUCCGCCGGUACUUGUGGAUUCAAGGGUACAAGAAGAGGGACACCAUUUGCCGCUCAAACCGCAGCAGGAAAUGCUAUUCGGACAGUAGUAGAUCAAGGUAUGCAACAAGCAGAAGUCAUGAUAAAAGGCCCGGGUCUCGGAAGAGAUGCGGCAUUAAGGGCUAUUCGUAGAAGUGGUAUACUAUUAAGUUUCAUACGAGAUGUAACCCCUAUGCCACAUAAUGGCUGUAGGCCCCCUAAAAAAAGGCGUGUGUAAAAAUAAACAUUGAAGAUAUUUCAAAAGAAAUAAAUAAUUCAAUGAUUUGAUCAAAUAAUAUCACUAUGGGUCAAGAGAAAGUAAUAGUAUCUACUCGGCCACUACAGUGGAAAUGUGUUGAAUCAAGAGCAGACAGUAAGCGUCUUUAUUAUGGACGCUUUAUUCUGGCUCCACUUAUGAGAGGCCAAGCCGAUACAAUAGGCAUUGUAAUGCGAAGAGCUUUGCUUGGAGAAAUAGAAGGAACAUGUAUCACACGCGCAAAAUCCGAUAAAAUACCCCAUGAAUAUUCUAACCUAGUAGGUAUUCAAGAAUCCGUACAUGAAAUUUUAAUGAAUUUGAAAGAAAUUGUAUUGAGAAGUAAUCUGUAUGGAACGCGCGAGGCAUCAAUUUGUGUUAAGGGUCCUGGAUAUGUAACUGCUCAAGAUAUCAUCUUACCAUCUUCGGUGGAAAUUGUUGAUAAUACACAGCAUAUAGCUAACCUAACAGAACCAAUUAAUUUGUGUAUUGAAUUACAAAUUGAGAGGAAUCGUGGAUAUCGUAUAAAAACGCCAAAUAACUUUCAAAACGGAAGUUAUCCUAUAGAUGCUAUAUUCAUGCCUGUUCGAAAUGCGAAUCAUAGUAUUCAUUCUUAUGUUAAUGGAAAUGAAAAACAAGAAAUACUUUUUCUCGAAAUAUGGACAAAUGGAAGUUUAACUCCUAAAGAAGCACUUCAUGAGGCCUCCAGAAAUUUGAUUGAUUUAUUGAUUCCCUUUUUACAUGCAGAAGAAGAAAACUUCCAUUUAGAAAACAAUCAACACAAAGGCACUUUACCCCUUUUUGAUUUUCAUGGUAGAGUGGCUAAACCAAGGAAAACGAAAAAAGAAA